ACUCAUGGACGGAACCCAUUUGCAGACAGUUGUAGUUUGAGGUUUGCCGUAAACUUAUUUUAGUUAAUAUAUCGCACGGGUUCAUCGUAUUUAUUUUGAUUUUUUUUUCUCAAUAGUAUAUUGGAACAUAAAAGACUUUACCUAAAAGGCUACAUAUAGUAAAGUCCAAUCAUUGGGCUGGGUCGACAGUUCCGCUUCCCCUCCGCCAUAGCAGACAGAUCCCGGGUCCAAGAAGAAGUUAACUCGUAAAAAAACUUACAAACACGUCGACAAGGCUUCCCAUCUCAGAAUCUCCAGAGAUAUAUUCGCACCAUACUUGCAGCAAAAUCAGUUUAUGCUUGUGAAAAAGGCGGAGCUCAAACUUUGAAGAGAUUUGCGGGAGUUUUGAAGAAAUAAAGUCAUGAGGGUUGAUCUCUGAAACCCUACAACCCUUCUGAGUGUGUUUCCCUGUCAUGUCUGACAACGGAGAGCUGGAGGACAAACCCCCUGCCCCCCCAGUCAGAAUGAGCAGCACCUUCAGCACCGGCAUUAAAGACAGCAUGUCAACAAACCCCAGCUCUAAACCCCUGCCCUCCGUCCCUGAGGAGAAGAGGGACAAACCGCGCAACAAGAUCAUAUCAAUAUUCUCAGCUGAGAAAGGAAGAAAAAAAGACAAGGACAAGGAGCGUCCGGAGAUUUCUAACCCUUCAGAUUUCGAGCACACUAUACAUGUGGGCUUUGAUUCAGUCACAGGGGAGUUCACGGGCAUGCCAGAGCAGUGGGCUCGGCUACUGCAGACCUCCAACAUCACGAAAUCUGAGCAGAAGAAAAACCCUCAGGCUGUGCUGGAUGUGCUCAAAUUCUACGACUCCACAGGCAACAGCAGGCAGAAAUACCUCAGCUUCACAGAUAAAGAUGCACCACAAGCAAAAAAAGGCUCCGAGCAAUCACCAGUCAAAGACCCAGAUGAUGAUGAUGAGGAUGCUCCACCCCCUGUUGUAGCACCACGCCCACAGCACACCAUAUCUGUAUACACUCGUUCUGUCAUCGAUCCUAUUCCAGCACCUGCUGCCAUUGCAGACACAGAUGGCUCUAAAGCUGCAGACAAACAGAAGAAGGGCAAGGGAAAGAUGACCGAUGAGGAGAUUAUGGAGAAACUUAGAACCAUCGUCAGUAUUGGAGACCCCAAGAAAAAAUACACAAGAUACGAAAAAAUUGGACAAGGUGCGUCUGGUACAGUGUACACAGCCAUUGACGUAGCUACUGGCCAAGAGGUCGCUAUUAAGCAGAUUAACCUACAGAAGCAGCCCAAGAAAGAGCUGAUCAUCAAUGAGAUCCUGGUGAUGAAAGAGCUGAAGAAUCCAAACAUUGUUAACUUCUUAGACAGCUUCUUGGUCGGAGAUGAGCUCUUUGUGGUGAUGGAGUAUCUUGCUGGAGGCUCUCUGACAGACGUGGUAACAGAAACCUGCAUGGAUGAGGCUCAGAUUGCUGCUGUCUGCAGAGAGUGUUUACAAGCACUGGAGUUUCUGCAUGCAAACCAGGUCAUCCAUCGAGACAUCAAAAGUGACAACGUUCUUUUAGGAAUGGAUGGAUCAGUCAAACUAACCGAUUUUGGGUUCUGUGCUCAAAUCACUCCUGAGCAAAGCAAGAGGAGCACCAUGGUGGGAACACCCUACUGGAUGGCCCCUGAGGUGGUCACACGUAAAGCCUACGGGCCCAAAGUAGACAUUUGGUCUUUGGGUAUUAUGGCCAUUGAGAUGGUUGAGGGCGAACCUCCGUAUCUCAAUGAGAAUCCUCUGAGGGCGCUGUACCUCAUCGCUACUAAUGGCACCCCGGAGCUCCAGAACCCAGAGAAGCUGUCUCCCAUUUUUAGAGACUUCCUAAACCGCUGCCUGGAGAUGGAUGUGGAAAAGAGGGGAGGAGGAAAAGAGCUUCUGCAACAUCCUUUCCUCAAGCUGGCAAAGCCACUUUCCAGCCUCACUCCUCUUAUACUUGCUGCCAAGGAGGCAAUGAAGAGUAACCGUUAGCCGUUUGUCAUUGUGCGCCAAUGCCCAAAUCCCUUCUCACGACCGCCUCCUGUGAGAGCCUCUAUCACUCCAGCAGAGCCCCUUCUAGUCCCGUGAAGGACCUUUGCUCUUCAGCCCUGAGAACCGACCUCAGUCAUCUCCACCUGGGCCACUAACUUGCACAAUCACCGUGUCUUGCCUCCUCACACCAAACUCUCCGCAAUGUGCCUGAAGGGGCUACAAAACCCGAGGAGCCACAGAUUGUAGACCUCUCUCUCUCGUUUUUUACUGAUGUCUCUCCUUUUAUUUGUCUGAUGUAAACGGUUCGGAAACCAUCGCAUCGCUCUGUGCGCAUCUUGUCAUGCAUUUCUGUCAGAAUUCUCUGUUUUUUAAUAGUUUUGAGUAUUUUUGAGCUCUGGCCUAACAGCGUACUCUUCCCUUUUUUGAUCUUCCAGAGAAGUAUUGUAAUACUUGAACUAUCCCAUCCUCUCAUAUUGACCUGUCACUUGUGCCUACCUAUUUGCCUUCACUCGUCUCAACAAAAUGGAACAACAACCUUGCUGUAUGAAAUUAAAUGAACCAUUUCUGUUUUUAAAUUUGUAUCGCAAAACCUAAAGUUUAUUAAAUCUUUUUGUAUAUUAUGUAUUUUGAUUAGCUCGCAGAGAUGGGGGAAAACAGGAAUCAGGACAAUUUGACUAGAUGUUUUGUAUUUAUGUGUAUGUAUACAGUAUUUUAUAUUUUAACUAACAAUCUGACAGAACACCGGAAUUUAAUGUGGCCUCAGUGGUUGUCGUAAAACGGUGAAUAAUUUGCUUUAGUCUUUGCAUGUUCAGUCUAACUUGUUUUUUUUUUUAGCAUAACAUUUCAAUGAGAAACAUUUUCAGACAUUCCAGUUCAGUAAAUACACCUGUUCUUCUGUCGGUUUUAUGCUUGUUUCCUAUGAGAUACAAAGUUUUUUGUUAAUGAUGAGACCAUCUUGAAACAUAUCCUUUGUAAAUUAUUAUUAAAAUAGACUUGGAGCAAA